AUGUACGGCGACUCUCCACCGCCACAAAGAACAGCAGCACCAUAUCCUGAAGGCGAAGUGAUAUACAAGUGCACCGAGCGCUAUAUUGUCCGGCAUGGCAAUACCGUGACCAAGUACGCGAUUCACCCUGACGGUAUGGGCGUUAACGACAAACCAAAUGAAGCGCUGGUGUUACAGUUCAUUAAGGAAAACACAACAAUUCCUGUCCCGGAGGUCAUCAGCAGCGACUGGGAUCGCAUUGAGCUGGAGUAUAUCGAGGGCCAGACGUUAAAAGAGGCCUGGCCAUCCCUCGAACCGCAUGAGCGCACUGCAAUAUUGGACCAACUGAAAGACUACCUGGGACAACUGCGUGCCCUAAAGGGAUUCUACAUCGGUCGCUUCGACGGACAAGGCGCUGUCAUCCCGAGCAUGAUGACUCGAUCCGGUGGCCCAUUCACAAGUCUCGAAACGUUUCAGGAAUGGCUUGUUCGGCCUCCGAAACGAAUUGAGGAGCAGUCAUUACACUGGGCCCAGAUGACGAAGCAGCUUGGUGCAGAUUAUCCCAUCGUCUUUACACAUGGCGAUAUCUCGUCGAGGAACAUCAUGAUACGCAACGGUCGGAUAGUCGCUAUUCUGGACUGGGAGUGGGCAGGGUGGUACCCCGUGUACUGGGAUUAUGUGUUUGCAUUGCGUGGUCUGGAUAAUGUAGAUUGGAAAACUCUUGGGAGUCACAUUCCGUCUCUGUUUGACGAACGUUCUCUUUAUCCCCAACUAGGCAACAUUAGUAUCCAACAGUUUGUCCAUGAGAUCCCCUUCAACGCAGUCAUACCACUCUUGUGUCUGGUAUCCAUGAGAAACAAGCGCUUGAAGCCCCUCGAGGAGAAAAUGCUGACAAUUCCAGUCGGCAUCUCGACCGAUCAGCGGAGUGGCCGCCAUGACAUUGACCGGGUCAAGUUCGUGACCUUUCCGAACUUUUACGGCCCCAGCGUUGACGUGGGUGAUGUACGUCGCACUAUCGGCCCAGAUGACCUUCUUGUGGAUUCUGUCGACCCUCCAGGGUUUCAGCUCAUCGUCGCGCUGAGCGUGGACGGUCUCAUGGAAGUUCUUGUUCACGGGCGACGUGAAGUACAUGAGAACGUGCCGCUUGUACCAAGCGUCGACUGGGUUUCCUUUGAAUAUCAUGUACAAAAGAUCAAGUCGACAACCAACGCCAUUAUCGCACAGCUUGCCAUUUUAGAGGCUAGUGCUUAG